AUACUGUGUUGGUCAACUGUCUGUUUCACCUAACCGUCCAAUUAUAAUUGUGCUCUCCAUUGGACGAAGGACAAGUACAACAACGAACAGCAAGUGCGUGCAGACGUCAGAUCAUCUGUUUUCAGGCAACAUCUGCCACCAUGUCUCUCCUAUUUCUUCUGGUUCUGUUUCAAUGGGCCACUACCUCAGAAGCGUAUAAAAUUGGAGAUUGUGGAAUUGUAUACGAAAAAACCCAUCCACUUGUGGGCGACGGAACGGAUGCUGAGCACAAUCAGUUUCCAUGGCACGUGGCCAUAUAUAAAUUGGGAAAAAAUUCUGCCUAUGAGUAUAUUUGUGGAGGAAGUAUUAUUGACAGUGAAAUAAUCAUCACAGCUGCACAUUGUAUUUUUAACGAGACGGCACAAGAUAUUGACUACAGCCCAAUGAUGGUAGUCACAGGAAAGUACAACGGUUCUUGGGAUAUACACGAUGACCAAGGACGCGGACAACGACUAGAGGUUAUCAAAAAGAAUGUCCGACCUUCCUACAGAGGUCUACAAAGCCUGUACGACCAAGACAUUGCUCUUCUAGCGCUCAACGAUUCGAUUAUAUUUUCGGACAUAGUGAUGCCCAUUUGCAUCGAAUGGGACUUUAUGAACAUGCCUACAGAUGGUGAAUUAGGCGUAUUCGUCGGAUGGGGCUAUGACAGUAAUAAUGUUUUGAGUAAGGUCUUGCAAGUGACUAGAGUACAACCAGUUAACUACAUCGAUUGCCGUAAGAGAAUGGAAAAAGGUACUACCUUUUAUAUUAUGGGAGAUAAGUUCUGUGUCAAAACUCCAGAUGAUGAAAGUACGUUGGAAAGAGGGGACAGCGGUGGAGGAAGUGUAUUCAAAAGGAGCUUUGGAACCGGCGAAGAAGCGAAAGAAAAGUACUACCUCUACGGCAUCCUCAGCAGCGCCAGAGAUGCUACAAACCAUUCUUAUAUUUUUACCAACAUCAGCAGCCACGUACCCUGGAUCAACAGCACGAAGCUGCAACUCAUCGAUGAGAGUAAAACCAGGCGAGUUUGCGGUAUAAGGACUCCGAUUAAUUAUACCAUGCCAGGUGGCUUUGUAAGAUCAUACACGAAUUACCCUUGGCUCGCAACCAUAUACAUGAAGAAGAAUGGCAAGUUCUUUGGGAUCAGAUGUGUAGGAACCAUCAUACAUCAGAGAGCAAUAAUCACAAGUACCUGGUGCAUCAAGGACACAAGACCCCAUUACAAAGGUGUCGAAUUCCGGGUCAUCACAGGCAAGCAUGAACUAUACAUGAAUAAGAAGGAAAAAGAAGAUGGCCAUCUAGAUCAUACUAUAACCAAAUAUCAUAGACAACAAAACUACGUCGAUUGGAACUCCAGGACAGAAAACGACAUGGUGAUCCUCAUCAUUGAACCCGGAAUCAAUUUUACAACAGCAGUGGUUCCUAUUUGUAUGGAUUGGGUUCGAAGAUUUCAAAUUACAGAAAAAGUAGGAAUGAUAGCUUCUUGGGACAUUGAUGAAUGCCAUUGUCAAGUUGUGGCCAACUACACAUAUCUUAAUAUCACAGAUUGCGCGGAGGCUUUUCAAGACGAAGAGGAGUACCAAACCUACGUCACGUCGGAAAAAGUCUGCGGCAGAUAUCACAAUGGAACUCGUUUCUUAUACGGAAGCGAUAUAGGUGCAGGUUUCUUUUUCUAUAAGAACGGAACAACAAAGCACUAUCUCCAAGGCAUUGUUAGCAGAGGACGACCGACUGACCAAGACUUCCUCAUCUUCACUAAUGUGGAAUUGAAUCUCCGUUGGAUCAGCGACAUCGUGUUGAGUAUUUACAAUCCUGGUUCCUGGUACUGAAUUCCAGAUUGUUCAGCAUUGAAGCUAAUUUUGUUUUCUUAUUUUAACUCAUAUCGAAUGUUUAUUUCGAAAAGUAACAUUUCACAAAUUUAAAGUACUAUUUACUUUGAAGUAGUUUCUUUCUGUUAAAUAAGAACAUGGUUGGUGCCUUAAUGUAAUUUUUUGAUAUAUAUAUGGAUCAUUUCAACAUCUCGAUUACAUUUAUUUCACUAUUCAAUAAAAGUGUCAAAU